AUGAUCCCAGCUGUCAGCUACUUUCCUGCACACGAGUCAGUCAAAAUGUACACCGCCAGUGAUGCCUUCUUCGAGGCACUUUGGGAAUUGGGCGUGACCCACUGCUUCGUCAAUCUCGGCUCCGAUCAUCCCUCCAUCAUCGAAGCCAUUACCAAGGGCCAGAUCGAAAAGAAGGGCCAGUUCCCUCGCAUCAUAACAUGCCCCAACGAAAUGGUCGCCCUCUCCAUGGCCGAUGGCUACGCCCGUGUCACCGGCAAGCCCCAGUGCGUAAUAGUACAUGUUGACGUUGGGACCCAAGGUCUGGGAGCUGCAGUGCACAACGCUUCCUGCGGCCGAGCACCCGUGCUCAUCUUUGCUGGGCUCUCUCCCUACACGUGUGACGGAGAGCUGAGAGGGAGCCGUACGGAGUACAUCCAUUGGAUCCAAGAUGUGCCAGAUCAAAAGCAAAUCCUGGGGCAGUAUUGCCGGUACACUGGAGAGGUCAAAAGAGGGGUCAAUGUCAAGCAGAUGGUUGGAAGAGCACUGCAGUUCGCAACGACAGCGCCAAUGGGACCUGUCUAUCUUCUUGGGUCGAGGGAGGCAAUGGAGGAAGAGAUCCCGGAAUACAGCGUGAAGCCAGAGCACUGGGGUCCAGUAGGACCAGGGGCACUACCGGAGGGCGCGGUGGAGACUAUCGCUAAGACUUUGGCCGAGGCGAAAGAAGCGUUGCUCAUAACAGGAUACUCCGGGAGGAAUCACGCUGCCGUAGGGGAGCUGGUGAAGUUGACGGAAGCAAUAAAAGGCUUGAGAGUUCUAGACACGGGAGGCUCGGAUAUGUGCUUCCCUUCGGAUCAUAGAGCCAGCGUUGGAUUGAAAUACGGAGUCGAUGAUAGCGUAAAGACGGCAGAUGUCAUCCUGAUCGUUGAUUGCGACGUCCCAUACAUACCAACUUUGUGCAAGCCGAAGGAGUCCACCAGGAUAUUCCACCUAGAUGCAGAUCCUCUGAAGCAACAGAUGCCAGUCUUUUAUUAUCCAGCGGAGGCAAGGUACAAGACGGAUGCCUACACGGCCAUUAAACAACUCAAUGAGUACAUUAGCAGCAACGAGACGCUGUCGAAAAAAACCGAGAGCUAUUCGGACCGAUGGGAAAAGCUGAAAGAGAUACACUCCAAACGCUUGAGAAGCAUCCAAGAGCUAGCUCAACCAAGCGACGACGGCAAUUACAACGUCUCCUACCUCACAGCUGCCGUCCGGAAGGCGGUACCCGAAGACACCGUCUUCGCCAUCGAAGCUGUAACAUCCACGGUUUUCGUUGCGGAUCAAGUCCAGCCCCGUAUCCCAGGCACAUGGAUCAACUGUGGCGGUGGUGGUCUAGGCUGGUCGGGAGGUGGAGCGCUUGGAAUCAAGCUUGCUGUGGGUGGUAAGAGAUUUGUAUGCCAUAUCGUCGGCGACGGGACAUUCCUCUUCAGUGUGCCAGGGAGUGUGUAUUGGAUCAGUCAGCGGUACAAGCUGCCCGUUCUAACCAUCGUACUCAACAAUCAAGGCUGGCACGCCCCCAAACGCUCGCUCCUCCUCGUCCACCCCGACGGCCUAGGCUCAAAAGCCACCAAUGAAGAACUCAACAUCUCAUUCGCGCCGUCACCCGACUAUGCAGGCAUAGCCAAGGCGGCCGCUGGCGGCAACUUGUGGGCCGGACAGGCCAGUACUGUCAAGGAGCUUGACGAAUUGCUGCCGAAGGCGAUCGAGGCGGUGAAAGGCGGUGUAGGUGCUGUGCUGGACGCGCAUUUGGAUGGGCCGCAUCCUGGUCCCGGAAAGCAUGCUCUUGUCGGGUAG